CGGAACUGGGAAAACUUCCUUCGGUGGCAGUUAAAGAAAACAAUUUUAUUUGAAAUUGUGUUGUUAGUAGUUCUGUGAGGUUCUAGAGAAUCUGAGAUGGGAAAGAAGCAGGCAGGUACAGGGCCGCUGUCGAGGCGUCCGGAUAACUCAGCGUUUAAACAGCAGAGGUUACCCGCCUGGUCUCCAUCUCUCACGGCACAGACCGUGCUGCCAACCUUCUACAUCCUCUCUCUCGUAUGCUUGUUUCUGGGCAUAUGGCUCUUCAUCACUGUUGAGAACACAUACGAACUGAAGGUCGACUACACCAGUGCUGGAACAUGUGAACGGUGCUUUGAUUUGAGAAAGCAUGCCAUCACCUCCAGAACAGCCUGCAAAUGCACAGUCAGCUUCCAGGUUCCAAAAACCUUUCUGGGCGAUGUAUUCUUUUACUACGGUCUGAGGAACUUUCAUCAGAACCUGCGGAGGUACAUGGACUCCCGCGAUGAUGCACAGAUGGUGGGGAGGAAGAACAACCUGAAGGCACCGAGUUCGUACUGCGCUCCGUUCGAUUACGAUGCAAACAGAGUGCCCAUUGCCCCCUGUGGUGCCGUGGCCAACAGCAUGUUCAAUGACUCAUUAACAGUGAUGUAUAAUCCAGUGGAUGGGUCAGAAAUACAAGUUCCAUUCUACAGGAAAGGCAUUGCAUGGUAUACGGACAAAAACGUCAAGUUCCGUAACCCUCCGACCAACGACACGUUCACACUCCAACAAGCUUUUGAAGGCACGACUAGGCCCUUAUAUUGGCAGCGUUCGGUUUAUGAGCUGGAUGACACAGACUCCAACAACAAUGGCUUCAUAAAUGACGACCUGAUUGUUUGGAUGAGAGAGGCGGCCUUCCCUAAUUUCAAAAAGCUUUAUAGGGUUCUCAAUCGUGCUCAAGGGCCUUUCACUGAAGGCCUGCCAGCCGGCAACUACACCCUCUCUAUAAAUUACAAUUUUCCUGUCGAGCCCUUUAGAGGUCGGAAGGAGCUGGUGAUCUCCAUGGUGACCUGGUUUGGUGGGCAGAAUUACUUCCUGCCCAUAGCGUACCUGGUGACCAGUGGACUGGUUUUGGUGGCGGCUGUCAUACUCACAACAGUGUAUGUGAAAGUAGGCAAAAAGGGCAAGAACAUGGAGGAAUAAACCAAAAGGAGAAGGAAAUGUCCAUCAGAAAAGAAUGAAAAUUGCGGUAGCACUUUAUUUUACAGUACGUGUACUUCCCUGGUACAUACGUGGUAAAUAUCUUGUACCUACAGGCAAACGAGUGGUAACACAAGGUACUUACCUGAAGUGCAUGUACAUGGUAACAAAUAAGAAACACGGCUGUACUUAACAGUUGUACAUGCAUG